AUGAAUCGCUCGCGUUAUGAAGCUCUCCCCCGCACCUCAUCUCCCUCCUCAAAUCCUCCGAUUCUCCUCGACCCAAUCUUUCACAAUAGCCCCUCUUACAACUACAACUCCGGCACUCCUACAUCUGUUCCCUCAUCCGCCCUUUCAAGCCAUCGAACAUCCAUCACUAGUAUCUCAUCCCGUACCCCACCGCCUAGCUUUCACAGCAGUCAGGUUGCGCAUCUGAAUAGUCAAGGCUCUUCACAAUUUACCUCUAGCAACACAUAUGGAAACGCGAUAGGAGGAGCAAGCGGAGCAGGGACUACACCAUUCCCUCCUUUCAACAAUUCAUAUGCUACGAAUUAUUCGGACUCCGCACCACCAUCUUUUCAUUCCCGCUCUAGUACUCCUCGCCCAACGCCAAGUACGAGGACACUGGCUAGUAAUGUCAGUGGGGCUAGUGGUGUAAGUGGAGGAAGUGGAGUGGAACUUUGGGGCGUAGCGACUACUACUUCUGGAGGUGAUGAAUCAGGGGAAGAUAGAGAGGGGACGGGGGGAUUAUUGAUGGUGAAGGGAUUGGAGAGGAGAAUGGAGAGGUUGGAGGAGAGUAUUGGGAGGUUGCUUUUGGAAAAUGAAGAACUCCGCAGAUUAAGAGCCGCUGGUACAGGUAUCAAUACAGGAGGCGAAAUCCAAGGAAACAGACAGAAUUGCUGCGUUGUAUUUACCGAUGCAUCGAGAGAUAUGGAGGAAGCAUUGGUCAUGAAUGGCCACAAUAACUGCUGCGUGCGUUUCACCUCCUCCACAAACUCAUCAGAUAGAAAGUUGCAGCGCAAGAAAGAAUUGCUCAUCGCGAUUGCGUUUGUGACGUUGUUGGUGACGGUUUUUGUGCUGAUGGCUAAUGGGUAUGCGAGGGAGGCGAGUGGGGAAAGAGAAAGGGGGGUAGGGGGUUAUGAGGAGAAGAGGAAUUAG